AUGGAUUUGCAACGUCAAUCCAUUCGAGACCUUUCCAACAAUUCAACGGAAGCUGAAAGCCUCAAUAAUUUCCCAGCAGGCACGGGGAAUGGCUGGCUUGGUGAUCCAUCAAUUGAAGGCCAAGAAGAGCCACAAGCCCCACCGACUUAUGUAGAGGCCUUGGACCAACAGACCCACCUCCCACAGCUUCGGAGAGCUGUCCCUCAGCACGAUCUGGCUUCACUAACCCUAAAUCAACAGCCGUCUUGGUGGAGGGCGGAAGCGAAAAAGAUUCUCUGCUCUGGUGAUCUCCAACUAAUACAACUCCUCCUACGGUUCGGCUUGUAUGGAGACGAAAGCUCCCUCCACCAUAACUUGCAACAUGUUUGGACAUUCAGGCUGGAUGACAUUCUCACCGUUUUCAUGGACAGGCCCCAGGUAAACACUGAGAGAGAACAUAAGGUGAAUAAGAUAGUGGAACUGGCGGAGUCCGAUCGUACUUUCCUUGAUGUCAGCUCGAACUGGGAACCGCGCGACACAGUAGCUAUGGAUGCUGAGCAGAUCGCCAUCGGUAUUGAGCAAGAAAGCCAUUGGUUGUUCAGAAAUAUUCGGAUCGAAAAUUGUCUGAAAUAUGCUAUAGGGUGGAUGGAGAAAUCGAUAGAACACCUCUUUGUCCAGCAUAGAUGCUUCAGCCUCAAAAUACGCUGCUAUCUACGCGAGUUUCCCACCCAAAGAAAAAAGUUUAUUCACGUGGAAGAGAAAUUGCGAAACCGAAGCGCACUGGCUCAUCAAGCGGUCCUGAACGGUCUGUUGCCACCUGAAUACCCUGCGUAUUUUAACCUUGAGCCGAUAUGUGAACCACUCAGAACCUUUGCAGAAGAUGAGACUAUAUCCCUCGGCGCAAUACUCACUAGACUCCAAAUACUGACAGAGCGCUUCGAUUACACCUACAAACAGGCGUUACCUACCACAUGGCCGCGAUUUAGAAUUGAGGUGGACACAUUCAAUGCUUUGAUCUCUACUCCCGCUAUUGAUUAUGCAAGGGAGAUGACCAUUUCCGACAUGCAGGAUUUUGACCUUGUGUGCCCUAAAGCCUUGAAAAACAGUGGAUCACAAUCGAUCCACCUGCUCAACAAUUGGUGUUCCUUUCGUGAUGCGAUUGCUGAGUGCUGCAAAGCAUAUCCCCGCUUGAACUAUCGUGUCAACGAAAUCGCGCAUGUGAGAGGUUUACGUUGCUAUCGUAACUGGCACCGCCUAGCUGCCAUUGUGCACGGCCAGAAGCAAGCAGGUGCCGACUCUCCGCACUACAGCCUCAUCAACCCCAAUGGUAACUACAUGGUCUUCCGCGCUGAAAUGAGGAGACGUCCGGGACUUCCCUUCCUAACCCCCUAUCUCACCCAGUACACGAAUGCUGAACGGUUAGAUCCGAUUGAGGCAUUCUCCUUUGUGUCCUACAACAUGGAAGCGGCAUUCGCUCAGUCUGUACACAGACCUGGCGCCCUGCGCAACUUUGUGGCUUACACGCGCAGAGCCUUGUAA